AUGGCGGCUUUGCGAUGCGGAGCAAAGAGGCCGUAUGCUACUCAACGUCCCCCUCUCAGCCAUGGCGGGAGCAACAAACCCAUCAUAAUCGGCCUUGUAGCCCUAACCGUCCCCGCAACCUACAUGGCCUACCAACGCACCGAAGUAGCCUAUUCCACGCCCUUCCCCGACGACCCGGCCAAGAUCCCCACCCCGCCACAACUUGACCCGGUAGCGCGGUUUCGGAAUGCUAAGGAGGCCAAUGCGAAUGGGAGGAAACAUUUGCACCCGGAACACUUGGAGCCCGAGGUUUACAAGCCAGCGUUUGGACGCGUGCACCAGCGGAAGAGAGUGGAUGGUCCGCCGGAUGGGAGGAAUCACAAGGAUUUGAACGAUAGGAAUAAGUGGAUUUGA